CUGAUUUGGGGUUACAGGGACAUAGGGACAUAGGUGGGAAAAAGAAUGGGAUCUAGAAAACACGAUGUCAACGGUAGUGGAGCAUUUAGCAAGAGUCUCCACCUUGCUCAGCGUCGAUCUGAGCAUGCAAUCAUAUCCAAGGAUUACAGGGAAACCUUGCUCCGAUCUAAACGCAUGCGCCUGGGUCCGUGCCAACAGGACGCUCCUUGCACAAGUGAAGAAGCAGGAAAGCAGGAUUUGAGAAAGGCAACCUGCGAUCUUGUCAGUGCAAUAAAGCAGAAAACUAUUUUACUGACCCAGGCAGCGCGACAAGUCAGGAUUAUUGUAUCAGGAGGACAAUGUACUAUUGAUGCCAAUCAUUUGAGGGACACGCUUCUACCUGCCCUCAUCAGGGUCUUGCUUCUCCGGCAAGGCGGGCGGGAGACUGCAGAAGCUGUGCUGGAGGUAGCUUGGGCCAUCACAAACCUGGCAGCAGGCCAGCAUGAUAUCGUCAAGACAGUGCUCCUGUCUGCACCAGCACUCAUUGCUCAUCUGAGCGGCUGGCUUGGACUACAGGUCGCAGAACAGUGCGCCUGGGCUCUAGGCAACAUGGCAGGCGAUGACUCAGCGUUAUGCAACACCUUGGCAGCAAAUGGAGCUGUCAUACCCCUCGCGCGUCUCCUGCUGAGAGCUACGAGCCGCCAUGAGGGCACAGCUGCUGAUUGUGAAUCUGCAGCUGCCACCGCCGCCUGGGCAUUGUCCAACUUGCUCUGGGGCGAUCCCUCUCAGGUUGGCCAUCUGAUUGAGGUGCCACAGUUCCCCAAGGGCCUGGUCAGCCUUCUUGAAGAGGAGCAUGAUGCCUGGCUGCACACUGAGGCAGCGUGGCUGCUGGCGUUCAUCUGUGGUGGAGCAGACACUCACAUGCACACGAUGGUCAAGCAUGGCGCAGCAAAUGCUGUGGUGAAGCGCCUUUGUUGCAUUCUUACACAGGAUGGCGCCUUGGAAGGAUCAAUAGCGCUGCUCACCCCGCUGCUGAGGUGCUUGGGGAACAUGGGCACAUCAAAGGUUGCCGCAAAGAGCUUGCUCAGUGAACAAUCUAUGGCAGUUGUCCGGCGAUGUGCAGGCAGCGAGAUUGGAGCCUUGCAAGGGGAGGCACAGUGGGUGACAGCCAUGCUCUCCAAACUGGCGCAGACAUAAAAAUGCAUGUCUAGGAUGAAUUUCCUGGUUUAGCUGUUUUGCGUCCAUGCAAUCUUAUUUGUCGCCAAGAAUUAUUGGCAUUGGUUAAGAAUCUAUCAGACAGAACGAUGCACCUUAUGUACAGACAAGCGAACCAUUUAUUUGAAAGAUUUAAGC